AUGUUCUCUCCAGCGCAGGCAUCUGGGUAUUCUGAUAUCAGAAUACCGCUCGCGCAAGCCGUUUUGGAGUACGAGAGGAGAUAUGGGAGAAAACCCCCGCGGGAGUAUAAGAAUGACAAGAUCUUCUGGAGAGGCACUUCUACUGGUGGUGGUAGUUCCCCCGCGGCUUUGCCGCACAGUAUCAGCGGCAUAGGUUCGUCCGCAUGGUGA